GGAGAGGGAGCGAGCGAUCUCUGGCUACGCCUUCCUCUGAGCUCCGGGAGCCCGGGAAGCGCUCAUUCGAGGCCGGGGAGAAGAGCAGGAGCAGGCGCGGCCCCCGCUCUGCCCUGGCCCGGCCGCCCCGCGGGAGGGAGGACUCGGGCCGGCGCCCCCCUCCUGGCCGGCCGCCCUCGAGCCGCGGAGCGCGCCGCGCGCAGGGAGCUGUCCAGUUCAGCACCACCGGGAAUGCAGUAGGUGGCAGCGCCUCCGCCGGGCCGCGCGGGCAGCGAGGGGCAGGCGGCGGCCCAUCCUGCAGCAAGACGCCGGCUCCCCGGCUUCCAGGAGCCUUGCAGAGAGGGGGAGGGAAGCCCGCCUCGAUCCUCCGGGAGAAGCCCCCUCCCUCCCCCGCUUCGCCGACAACAAUACCCGCCGCCGCUGCUCGUCCUGCCGCCGCCGCCGCCGCGCCUGCCCGCCCUGCCGCCGCCGCCGCCGCCGCCGGGGCCGCACCAUGGAAGGCGAGACCCCCGCACCUGUGCAGCUGAGAUCAAGGGCUUACAGAAUACUGGGCGGUCUGGUCUGAAACGAAAGCGCCCGGGACCCCCCAAGGAAGAGAACUGGCGAAGCCAAGGAUUUUCAUGGCGCAGGCCGCAGAGCCGAGAACCAAGAGCGAAGGUUGCAUCUGGGCUCUUCCGAUCUCUAACUGUCCAGGUCCGGACCAUGAGAGAUGGUGUUGAGAAUUCGGCCGUUCCCCGGUUCACUGUGGAAGCCAUCUCCAAAUUAGCUAUCACAUAUGGAAACUGGAGACCAGAAUUUUAGGAAAAGAGAUUAAGGCAUCUCACUUGGGGGGGGGUGGGGGGUGUCUUUUUAUUUUUUUUUUUCUCUCUUUUUUUUUUAAAUCACUGCAACUGGAACAGUUUCUGAUCUCAAAAGGCAAGCCUCUCUUCCCGUGUGAUCUUUAUAAUUACACUCUUUUCCGUGAGCUUUCUUACCUUCCUUUUUUGUAUCUCUCCACACUCAAUUCACACAUCUAUCCAUUAUAUGAUUAGUGGAAUUACCUUUAUUUUAUUAAUUUUUUUGGCAUUAGUACUUGCACCCUCACACACACUCUCCCGAGAACCGAAGUCGGUUGGGUGUUUAUAUAAUGAAGAAUUAUGGGGCUGUUUGAUCGAGGUGUUCAGAUGCUUUUAACCACCGUUGGUGCUUUUGCUGCCUUCAGCCUGAUGACUAUAGCUGUGGGAACCGACUACUGGCUGUACUCCAGAGGGGUUUGCAAGACGAAAAGUGUCAGUGAGAAUGAAACCAGCAAAAAGAACGAGGAAGUCAUGACCCACUCUGGGCUAUGGAGGACCUGCUGCUUAGAAGGGAACUUCAAAGGCCUGUGCAAGCAGAUCGAUCACUUCCCCGAGGACGCAGAUUACGAAGCUGACACAGCAGAAUAUUUCCUCCGGGCUGUGAGGGCCUCGAGCAUCUUCCCGAUCCUGAGUGUGAUUCUGCUGUUCAUGGGCGGGCUCUGCAUCGCAGCCAGCGAGUUCUACAAGACGCGACACAACAUCAUCCUGAGCGCGGGCAUCUUCUUCGUGUCUGCAGGUCUUAGCAACAUCAUCGGCAUCAUAGUGUACAUAUCUGCCAACGCCGGGGACCCCUCCAAGAGCGACUCCAAAAAGAACAGCUACUCCUACGGCUGGUCCUUCUACUUCGGGGCCCUGUCCUUUAUCAUCGCCGAGAUGGUCGGGGUGCUGGCCGUGCACAUGUUCAUCGACCGCCACAAACAGCUGCGGGCCACGGCCCGCGCCACGGACUACCUCCAGGCCUCCGCCAUCACCCGCAUCCCCAGCUACCGCUACCGCUACCAGCGCCGCAGCCGCUCCAGCUCCCGCUCCACGGAGCCCUCGCACUCCAGGGACGCCUCGCCCGUGGGCGUCAAGGGCUUCAACACCCUGCCGUCCACGGAGAUCUCCAUGUACACCCUCAGCCGGGACCCGCUGAAGGCCGCCACCACGCCCACCGCCACCUACAACUCCGACAGGGACAACAGCUUCCUCCAGGUCCACAACUGUAUCCAGAAGGAGAACAAGGACUCGCUCCACUCCAACACAGCCAACCGCAGGACCACGCCCGUGUGACGUCCCGGCGCCAGGGGCGGGGGCGGGGCCGGGAGAGGGGAGGCCCGGGCGGGAGGCCCGAGUCCUCCCGGCAAAAAACACAAACAAAACAAAACAAAACAAAACAAACAAAAAAAGAGCAAAACGUAGCGAGUACAUUAAAAAAAAAACAAAAAAACAAACAAACAAACAAAAAACACAAUACAAGAAAGAGGAACAAAGAAGCAAAACAGGCAAAGCGGAAAAAUAGAAGCAAGGAAAGACAAACUCUAAAAUGAAGCGAGAGGGAUAAAACCAUUAAAAUAGAAAUAAAUCUAAAAGAAAAUGCAUGAUUUCCCAUGUACCAUUAUUUUAACAUUUAAUAAAAACCAAUUUAAAUGAAAAAAUAAAAGGGAACCAAGAUAACAUUAAAGCAAAAACAGAGAGAGAGAGAGAGAGGAGCGAAAGGAAGAGGGAUGUCCUUUGAAUUAUUAGGGUUUUUUGUUACCUUUUACUUUUCUUUUAAACUGCGGGAGAAUUUUAAAAUGAAAAGCAUUCUGUUCCCUUUAACCCCCAGCGGGCCCUGCCUCCCUGGGAGACUGCAGGUGGAGACUCAGGGGCCCCAGGGGCCAGGGGAGCCUGUGGUCACUGCCAGGUCCCUGGAGCCCCUGGGAGGGUGUCCCCGCUCCGCCCAGCGCCCGUGGGGCAGUGGUAGGCCUCCAGGUGACCCGAGCCCUUGGUCCCCCCUGUCCGUUAGGUGCCUGGAGGGGGUGCGCUUGGGGCUCGUGCAGCCCCAGGUUCCAGUCCUUAAUGGUCCUUAACCCACUGUGACGACUUCCUAGCCUUGAGGAAAGGGAAGGAGAAGGGUCGGCUGCCUCCUACCGAGAGCCGCAAACCCCGGAACCCUCAGGGUGAGCCUUUUGGGGUCACCGUCCCCAAGCUCCUGUCCUUGGGGUCAGGAGACACCCACCCCCGGGGGAUAUAAAGCAGCUCUCCCUCCUCGCCCCUCACCUCAGGGCCACCCAAUGACCCUGGGGCCAUGGUGAGCCCCCAACUCAUAGGCCCCCAGCCCCCUGGGAAAGGGGCUCUCUGACCCUUGGGGGUCCUUGGACUCACUGAUGCCCCCUUGGGGCCCAGUGGGUCCAACAGUGACAUUGCAAAAAGGUUUCUUUUUACAAAAGAAAAAGGAAAAACAAGUGGUGAUUUUUUUUUUAAUAAAAAAACCACAGACUAUAAAUAAAUGUAAAUAUAUAAUAAGUGGAUUUACUUGCAAGAAAAUCAGAUAGUAUUUUUCUUUUAAUUCUUUUCCAGCUUUAAACUGUGAAAACAAAAACUGGGGUGGGUGGGGGACUUAAAAUUUAGCAGGGAACUUGUAAAGACAAAACAGAAAACAAAUAUACAAAUCCAUUAAAAAAAAAAACCUGUCGUGUGAGAGGUGAGUUGGGUGGGCGGGGAGCCACCAGAGGAGGAGAGAGGCCCCAGCGGCGGUGGGGAGUCUGCCGGAAGAUCUCUUCCUUCCACCCGGAAGUGCUGCUCCUGUGGGAGAGGAGGAGGCCCCACACCCACCCCGUCACACACCCACCCAGGCCUGGCGCAGCCAUGGCGCCGUCCACACCCUCCCACCCCGCUCACAGCCAGGGAGAAAGCCAGCCCCACACACAGAGCCAUGGGCCACGACACCUGAACACCACACUGGCCUCUGUGCUUCCACACCCACUGCACACUCACACACUCACACACACACACACACACACACACACGCACACACGCUCCCGUGCAUGGAAAGUGCGCCAGUCUAGAACCCAGGACUGGAUGCUGGACUUCUUGUUCCAUGGUCUCUGGGCCUUCACUUCCCCUCAAAGGCCCAUUCUUGUCCCGUGCAUCUGACUUUUAAGAUCUACCCAGAGGAAGAGGCCAGGGAUGACCAAACAGCUUCCAUGUGUUCCAGCGACACCAAGAACAGUCCCAAAUUGUCAGUCUCUGUCUUCUCCUCUCUCUCUCUCUCUCUCUCUCUCUCUCUCUCUCUCACACACACACACACACACACACACACACACACCAUAUGCCUCCUCACUGUGCGCCCCAGCCCCCUAUCCCACAUUCAACGUCAAAGCAAAAAUACACACACGUGAGCCAAUGUAUCCUGCCAUUCAAUGAGGGAACAGACAAAGAGGUCCCCAAAGCCACUCUUCAUCUUGUGUCCCUUUUCUUUAAUGCCAUAGCCCCAUAGUGAAGGAGACUCCCUUGAGAGAAGAGAUCAGCCCCCAAGGUCCUCCGCUGUCUCUGGGAGUCAGUAAAAACGGCCAUCUCGGUUUGCCAGGAGGGGUAAGACCCUCCCUCUCUGGAGACGAAGUUCUGCGGAGUGCCAUCCCGUCCCGGGAGCACCAGACCAAGCUUAAACCCCUCCACGGCAGCACCGUUCUCCCUCCUCUUACCCAGAGCAACAAGGGCCAGUUCAGACUCAGCAACACCCAACAGCUUUUCCACACUAGAAACUUCCAGCCCGCCUGCGCGGCCCCUCUGCCUGCACCUUCUCCCCUGGCCGCCCCGAGGCCUCCCAGGCGGGCUCCCUGGGGAGCUGGAGGGGCGACUGGACAGGUCCUUGAACUUCCCACCUCCAGCUGCCCUUCCUGCCUUUUGUCUGGAAGAGAAAGUUCUUUGCCCAGCUCAGCAGCUGGAGCCUACGACUCAGCCCCCAGGACCAGGCAGAACAUCCGCCAGCUGGGCCCAGAGUGCAGGGGGCGGCCAUGGGCCCAGGGCCCAGUGGCGGGAGCCAGGCAAGGUGUGGUGACCACAGAGUACCUCUCAGAGUGGGUAGGAAUGGCAGCCUAUCCCUUCCCCACCCUACUUGCUGACUACCCCACCGGAUUCCACAGCUGUACAGAUCAAGGCCUGGAGAGGAGAGGCCCCGGGUGCACGGCCGACGAGUGGGCACCGUCCAGCCAGAGAGGAGCCCUGGCCCCGGUUCCCGGAGUUCUGCGGAGCACUUGGGUUGGCAUCGAGCUUCUCUCCAGGCCCGGGGCCUGGGGCUGCUCGGGAAGGCCCUGGGGGCGUGGGUGACACCAGAGUGGCCAAGAAAGGGCUAGGGGGCCGGGAGGAAGGAGCUGGGACUCGGACUGCCAGGGCACUGCUUCCCAGGGUGGAUGAUUGCUCGUGUCCAGCUCCGACCAGUUCAAGAAAUCAACCUCCAUUUUAUUUUCUUGGUG